AUGCCUGAAAAUCCAUACGAAGAAAUCGAAAAAGAAACCGAAAACCCUCCAGUUACUGCCGAAAGCCAGGAAACCAGUGAACAACCAAGCAAGGAAACCAGUGAACAAGCAGAAACCAGUGAACAAGCAGAAACCAGUGAACAAGCAGAAACCAGUGAAAAACCAGAAACUACCAAAGAAGCGAAAAAAGACCAUGACUGCAAAAUAGUACCUGUCAUCGCCUUUAUUAUAGCUUUUCUGGCGGUGUUGGGCUGGUAUAUCCUCAAUGCCCUCUAUUAUCGAAACCUUUUCCUCGGAUCCCUGGCUCCCUAUCCUAUUCAAAAAGCCUGGAACGAGGAUCCAAAUGGCUGGAUCCAAGUCAUGAACAAGACGGUUGCAGCUUUUGAGGAUGUUAAAAAGGGCAUUUCUGGUGAUAUCGCAUCCGAUAUUCCCCUGGAAUGGCCGUAUGGGAAAACAACAUAUUCCCUCUAUAGCUCGGGCUUGUGUAGAGAUGCUGAAGGAAUGAAGAGAACGUGCUACGAAGGGAAAUACGCCUUUUAUGAUUUUGUGAAGGAUAUGGGGCUCUUCACUACUGAGGAACUCAAGUUGAAGGAUGUGGAUGCUUUCCAAGAGUCGUGGAUGGACAGGGUCAAGAAUAUGAUAGUGGAUGCAUUGGUAGAGGAAGAAAGAGUCAAAAUCCAUGAUGAAGUUUUCCAAACGCAUAGCACGACGAUGGAGUUUGUCAAGGAGUUUAAGUAUGGGCUUUAUGAAACCGACUUUGUGCCAUAUUGGAGGUUCCUGUUCUUUUGGUUUGUCAUUUCAGCCCUCGUCGAUGGCUCGCUCGUACUAGCAGCAUUUUUGGGUUUUGAUAAGAAUUCUUUUGAAUUCGGUAUUGCUGUAGGUCUGGUCAUUCACAUUGGCAGAGUACUCGUUGGGUUAAUUAUUGGCCUGGCUCUCCGUACACGCAUGUGGGAAGGAGAGGUAUUUGAGAGCAUCAGUGUCAGCUAUCCUUUGAAAAGCCUGGUAAUUGUGAAAAUCUUUCAAUUUUUGUAUCCUGUGGUGUGGUUAUUCAUUUUUGCGUGCCUAGGAGACCUCGGUGUCGACUGUUGUGACGUUAAAGAUGAUCUGGGUUCCGAACAGUGCUAG